AUGCCAUCUGAUCCGCUUGACUUCCCACCGAUGAUGAGGGUAGCAAUUCUAGGAGGUGGCCCAGCUGGCAUGUCAGCUUGUAUCGAGCUCUUGCGCGUUGGUCAGGGCAGAUUUCAGCCAACAGUGUUCGAGCGAAGGAGCCGAUUGGGCGGCAUCUGGAAUCAUGAAGACAUCAAGAGCAGUCGGAUCCUCUUCGACGAGCAAGGAAGGGCUCAUGCUCUCGCUACAGCCGUCAACGGGGAUUGGGCUCCCGGCGCCAUGUUUGAAGGAUUGAGGACGAACAUUGCCAGCGACCUCAUGACGUUUCGAGAUGCGCCAUUUGCACCAGGCACUCACCUGUUUCCGGACAGAUCCACGGUGAACGAUUAUUUGAAGGCCUAUGGGGAUGAUCACGACGUCGAGCGGCAUAUUCGAUUCAAUCGCUCGGUCGACAAGCUCCGCCGGUUGCACAACGUGCCAGGCCAACAGGGAAGAUGGGAAGUGACAAGCACUGCUGUGGAAGACUCCUCCUCUGGUGCUCCUCACAGAAUCGUCGAGCGUUUCGACAAAGUCGUGAUCGCGACGGGACGCUGUGCUAGACCUUCGCUACCGCCAGUAAACGGGCUCUGGAAUUAUGGGGGCAAGAUCAUGCACUCGAGCUGGUACAGAUCACCGGUGCCUUUCCUGGGCAAGAAAGUCCUCGUCGUCGGGAAUGCGAGUUCGGGAAUGGACAUCGCCAGGGAAAUGAACGGUUCUGUGUUCCGAGCGAUCCCGGGUCUCAAAGGAUUCGACCUCUCGGCUGCGAAGUGGUCGGAAGCGCUGUCUAGAGCUCCAAUUCAGGUCUACCAAUCGGUCGAAGACGUAGACAAGCCUCCUCCAAUGGAUUACGACCCUAGAGAUCCCGCUAGUCCAGACUGGUGCCGCAAAAUUCAGGUACUCCCUCGGAUCAAGCACGUGGAAACCCGAGACGGUAGCACAGGCCAAAUCAUCUUCGAAGACCAAAGUGUCCACGAUGAUUUUGAUGCGAUCAUAUUUGCGACUGGUUUCGUGUUCGAGUUCCCGUUCUUGACAAAUGACGCGCCAUUUGACAAGGUGCCACUCUUGCCGACGUUAGCGAGCGAUGCUCCAAGAGAGUCGUCCCCUGCACUCCACUGCGCCCUGGAACGGCAAGGAGGACCUUACGUACCACCGUCUUCAGCUCCGCGCCUUUCAAAUAUGGAUGACUGGUUGUUGUUUUACGAGGGCGAUGCCAGCAUUUGCGUCCUUGGGGCUCCGACCACUGUGAUUCCCUUUCACCUUACACAAGCUCAAGCUCGAUACGUGGCGCAUAGAUGGCUGGGCAACGUAGGUAGCCUACCCCGUCUAGAUCCUCGCCUAUCCACUACGGACCCAGCGCGGUGGACAAGUCAAAGAGCGACAGACGAGAGGCUUUCCACCUGGCCCAAUCCCAAGCUUGCAAGUGGUACCAAGCUGGAGUCGCAAGAGGCAUUCCAGCUUGAGAAUGAAGGAGCGAAUAUAUGUUCGCACGUCUUUGGUAAUCCGUCAGAUUCGGCCUACGUAGACACGCUCCUCUCGUUGCUGCCCGAAGAAAGGGCAGGAGGUGAAGCUCCAUGGGAAGAAGAAUACAGACGCAACUCGAACGGAAAGGGGGAUGGAAUGCCGCGCGGGUCCGAAAAUUGGUUCAAAACUCCUACUUGGAGAAGAGAGAGGCGGAACAAUGGAAGAGUGCUUCGACGAGAGAGACUCGGUUACUAAGCCUUCCAUGAGAGCGGAUCCUGUGUCUAUAGCGUCAAGGUCGUCCAUCAGAAUGCAUCCCAAUGACCAAUUUGACC